CAGGCACCUCUCAUUCUGAUGUGAAAUUAAAAAAGUGAUGCACUGUUAUUUAUAUUACAGUAAUGUACCCAGUACAAUGAAAUAAAUCAAGAAACACUGAUAUGUUAGGCAUGUCAGACAUGAGACAGGUCUUCUUAUUUUGGCCGUAAAAGAGACAGGAGCAGUUCUCAGAAGUCGGAAGCUUGUGUUAGAGAGAGCCAGAAACCGGUUCAUUUUGCUUUUGUUCCUUUGCGUUAAAGAUUUUGGUGGAGCUUGUUUAUUUUAGAAGGUCAAGAAAGUAAGCUGUCAACCUAUGAUACUGCACGUGAGCGCGGAGCGAGCCUGCAAAUGGGCGGCAUAGGCGGCAGCUUCUAUAUCAACAUGCUCAAUGGAAGCGACGCGCAAAGUUUGGCCAAAGACGCAGAGACGAGCGGUCACCUUCACCGGAGCAAGGAGCUAGCGGACUUCAAAAUGGGCGUUCAAGACGCGAGGCUGUACUAUCCAGACUCGGUUCCUAAUGGCCAGGACAACUUUCCGCUGCCGUACCAUGGCGAGCAGAGCGCUGGCGAACUCGGGGCGCAGGCGGGAAGGUUGUACUCCGCGGCGGCGGCGGCAGCGGCAGCGGCUCCGCUCGGUAACUGUGCGUUCACCCGCAGCAGCGCGGCUCAGGCUUACGCAGCGGCUGAUGGGUAUUCACCGGACUGUAAAGACGGCCACUCGGCCAGCGCGGACUCGUAUCACGCGCAUUUUCAGCAUGGCUACCCGCGCGCGCCUCUCUAUUCCUUACCUGGCCUACAGGUGUGCGGCAAGACGCAGGUGCUUCUCAAUAACUACCCGCUGUGGGCCAAGUUUCACAAGUACCAAACCGAGAUGAUCAUCACCAAACAGGGAAGGAGGAUGUUCCCUUUUCUCAGUUUUAAUAUCAGUGCUCUGGACCCCUCGGCUCACUACAACGUGUAUGUUGAUGUGGUUCUGGCUGACCAGCACCACUGGAGGUACCAGGGAGGCAAGUGGGUGCAGUGUGGCAAAGCAGAGGGCAAUAUGCCAGGAAACAGGAUGUAUAUGCAUCCUGACUCUCCUAACACAGGGAAUCAUUGGAUGAGGCAGGAGGUCUCAUUUGGCAAGCUCAAACUCACCAACAAUAAGGGUGGCUCCAACAACAUGUCACAGAUGAUAGUGCUGCAGUCUCUUCACAAGUACCAGCCACGCUUGCAUAUCAUGGAGGUGAAGGAGGAUGGAACAGAAGAUCCCUUCCGCAGUUGUAAGGCGCAAACCUUCAUCUUCCCCGAGACCCAGUUCAUUGCAGUCACUGCCUACCAAAAUGCAGAUAUCACUCAGCUGAAAAUAGACCAUAACCCUUUUGCGAAAGGUUUCCGAGACAAUUAUGACACACUGUAUGCCCCGCCUGACUCGGAUCGUAUCACCCCCUCCCCCACUGAGGGUCAGCAGCUGAUGGCAGCCAGCUGCUAUCCCCGCCAACCUUACCUGGCCGAGCAGUAUAUGAGUCCACUGCAGCACAGCCGUUUCUACAGCUGCGAGCCUGUCAGCAUGGCACAGGCGUGCCCCAAAGACCCAAGUGGAAGUCACCAUGGGCGCUGGUACCUCCCUGGGCAGCAGGGCACACCCUCCAACCUACUGGACUUCACCUCUUACGAUGGUGACUAUACAGCCAACAGCCUAUACAAGCCCUUCACUUUACAGACAUCACCCCACCACCCGCUGAGCUACUAUCCUGAGAUCCCAUUCACUUCUGGGCCAAUAUCAAGUGCUAGCCCUGCCACAUGGAGCACAGCAAGACCUUCACCACAGUACCUCAGCCACUCCCACCCUGGGAAAGCCUCAUCUAGCCUGAGUUGGUUCCGUCCCAUGUCUUCUCCAGCCAUGUCAUCCUCUCCUCCAGCAAUAAAUCCCCGCCUUCACAAUUCUCCUUCAAUCCUUGAGUCCUUGAGGCUGCCGGUACUACAAGACAAGCCAAAAGAAGUGGUGGAGGACACCUGGAUGGAGACCCCCUCUGUCAAAUCAGUAGACUCGGUCGACUCUGGUCUUUUCGAGGGUGCAGAAAGCAAGAAAAGACGAGUGUCACCCUAUGCCUCCAGCACUGAGAACUCUCCUCCCAUUCGCAGCGAAGCCUGUGAGAAGGACAACAGCAGCGAUGCAGGCUACUAUGGCUUCUACAGUCACUGAGACCCAUCGACUCUGAAUUAGUGUAGCACUCCUGCUGUGUCCCACCCACAGAGCUGCACUGCCUUCUGGGACAAAGCCCAGUAGGGAGUCUAGAGGAGGGACAACAGAGGCCAGUAACAGCUAACACAGAACUCUGAAUCAUUUUUCCUUCAUAGCCCUGGUGCUAUUUUUUUUUAUCUCUUCAGUGUACUUGCUGGCCCUCUUAUAUUUGGUGUGCCUCUUCCCCAUGAUAGUGCUGUAUGGGUAAGGUCAGGUGGAGGCACUCCAGUCAUCCUGAAGGUCACUGUCAUGGUGAGGACUGGCGAGUCAAGAUGAUGUGACUGGGCUGAAACACUGGCCUGGAGAUAUAUGCAUGCACACACAGAGACCUGGAUGAAUUCCGGAUGUAACUGUUUAGCAUUUAAAGAAGUCUGCAUACCUGCUGACACUCCCCUCAUGGACCUGUCCAGUCUCCCAGUUCUCUCACACUCACAGAUGCAUACACACACACACACACACACACACGGUUCUCAAGAAUAUAGCUAUGUCUUUUGAGUCUACAUUAUAUUUUAUGAUUCCAGUUCAUUCACAUUUUCACUACUCCAAAUGAACCUUAGUGUGCAAUGAAAUCAGAUCAUGUAAGUGAUAAGUGCUAUUAAAGGAAACAAAGAAAAAAUCUGCA